UCCCCCCUCGCUCGCGCGGCGCGCCAUGCGCACUGACGCUUGUUGUUGUUGUUAUUGAGCUGGUCGUUAUGGCUGAACGAGGCCUCGGACCUAAUUGAGAGAGGACCCCCUCUCUCUCUCUCUUCCUCCCUCCCUCCCUCCCCACGCCACGGGACGACCCGCCAUCCAUGGAGGGCACGGACAUGGACGUGGACGCGGAGCUCAUGCAGAAGUUCAGCUGCAUGGGCACCACGGACAAGGACGUCCUGAUAUCGGAGUUCCAGAGGCUGCUGGGCUUCCAGCUCAACCCGGACGGCUGCGCCUUCUUCCUGGACAUGACCAACUGGAACCUUCAGGCUGCUAUUGGUGCAUAUUAUGACUUCGAAAGCCCCAGCGUCAACACACCAUCCAUGUCGUUUGUUGAAGAUGUGACAAUUGGAGAAGGAGAGUCUGUUCCUCCGGAUACACUGUUCACGAAGACCUGGAGGAUACAGAACACGGGCGCCGAGUCAUGGCCACCGGGGGUUUGUCUCAAAUACAUCGGAGGGGAUCAGUUCGGACAUGUAAACUCGGUUAUGGUGAAGUCGCUAGACCCACUGGAGAUUUCCGACGUGAGCGUACAGAUGAGGAGUCCUACAAAUCCAGGCAUGUACCAGGGCCAGUGGAGGAUGUGUACAGCAGCUGGAUUAUUCUACGGAGACGUGAUCUGGGUGAUUCUCAGCGUCGAAGUCGGAGGUCUCCUCGGCGUGACUCAGCAGCUUUCUUCCUUCGAGACGGAAUUCAACACGCAACCCCAGCGCAACGUGCAGGGGGACUUCAACCCGUUUGCCUCGCCACAGAAGAACAAGCACGACGCCACCGACGGCAGCUUCAGAGACCCCGGAGGGGCCUGGGAGCGCACACAGGAGUCAAUCCAGCCAGCUCAGAAUGGACUGUCUCAUAAUGCUGUAAAUAGGCCGUCAAAUGGUCUCCAAACAAACCUUUCCGUGGUGACUUAUGGACAGGGUAUUCAUGGUCCCUAUCCAUUUGGAAAGAGCUAGAAAGACAAAGACCCCCCCACUCCCAUGACGAGUGAUGAGCUUAACGUCAUGGGAGUCCUUAAAUGCAGAGGAGUUGGAUGGGGGGGGGGACUUUUCUUUUUUUUUUUUUUUUUUUUUUGACUCAUGACAACUCUCCCUGAAACCUUUAUGGACCUUUCAACAACAGCGGCGAACCUGUCGGAUCGCGUGUACUACAGUAAAACAUCCGACCUGACAUGGAUUCACGUGUGCGAACGCUUCAUUUAAGAGUGCUUUAAACCUCUAAAGAUGGACACACAAGAAUAUUUUUGUUUGUUGUUUUAAUGCCUAAUUAAGGAGAAAAUCCCCCUAAAAAAACCGACAUACAUCUGCUACUCCCAUGGGCAGCCGAAUAGCUUCUCCCUUACAAACCUCAUUAAUGGUAUGGUGAGAAAUUACUGACAUUGGUCAAAAAAUAUCAUUUUAAUUGUUUUUAACAGGGAUUUAAUCAACAAACCGUUUAUUUUAUCCACGACACUGUUCUAAUGUUAUUAGAUUUUGGUUGAGAAGUGAAACUACUGACUUGUCUAACUAUAAGGGGACUUUAGAGGCACAUUCAGAGUUUUUGUAGGAAUUCUCAAUCGUCUUAUCUCCUUGUCCAAAAGCUACAACGUUCUGAUUUCGCCGUGCAAACACCCGGACACAUCCCCGGAGAAAGACGGAGGGUUAGUCUUUGUGACGUUUAAGAUGUUGCACUACGCUCAGAAACUGGCUCACAUCAUUUUAACCCUUUUAUUUGGGAAAUGCUGACAUUUGCGUCGCUCGCUACGCAAACCCAAAUAUUCCUGCUGGAGUGCCGUCCUGCGGUUGCUGGGCUUCUAACUCUUUUUUCCGUUUGAUCUUUUUCCAAUGUAGCUUUUAUUUCCCAGCUUCGCAUUCAAAUAUGAAACACAUUUGAGCCAUGUUUGGCGUUCUUAAAGUUCAAAAUGUGCAGAACCAAGAUUUUAAUCGUUGAAUUGUACCGUCUGUCGAGAUGUAAAACUUUGAACGGGCCCCUGAGCCGAUCUUUUUAACCCAUAUCAAAAAAGAAGAAAAAAAAAAGAAAAUCAUGAUCUGAAAGAUGUUUUACUUAAUCUCAUGCAUGGAAAUGCUGCCGUUUUAUUCGACCAUUUGCUUUUCUCAAGAGGAGACGAGCUAAAAACUCCCCACGCCGCAACACUAAGCGUCGUCACACUAAGCCCUCUGCCUACCGUCCUUGUCCAGGAGUGUAAGAGGCGUUCAUAAAUAUCACUUAUUAUGUCUGUAUGAUCCACAGACAAAAAAAACCCAGAGAGCCAAAACACUAACGUCAAGCAUCGCAAUGUGAAAUCUGCCCAGCUCAGUUUGCACGGGACGGUGUGCGGUUUCCAGGGGAGGUUUUCACCUUAAAACGGACGCUGAAGUGCAAAAAGGAUGCGAGCGAGUUUUGAGUAAGAAGGGUUAAAAAAAAGCCAUUUAAAUCUAUUUUUGCCUGGUGAGCGACUGUAGUCUGAGUCCACGUGUACAGGAUGUGUACUAAAUAUAAAAAUGUAUGCGCGAGUGUGCCUGUCGUGUAUGUAUCUCAACGGUUUCUCCUUGGAUUUAAACUGACGUGAAAUGGUGUAUACUGCUUGGGCAAAGGAUGAAUGGACACGUCGUUACAGAGAGAGCUUUAAACGUCAUGUACCUCAGAAGUAUUUUUUUUUCCUUUUUUUUUUUUUUUUUGGGGGGUGAUCCGUUUGGAUGGACUUGCCACAAGUACCCUGAUGUUAUUUAUUUAAUGUCUUUUUGCUGCAAAUUCAAAAAAAAUGUCUCGUUGACAGCCAGGAGGUGGUGCUAAAAAUCUGAAGACAAACGUGGAGAUCAUGAGAACCAUGUAAGGUAAAAAAAACAAAAUGUAACAAUAAAAAUAAAACGUUCAGCUGGAGCUUGGUAGGCCGUGUUAAUGUUAGAAUGGUCUGCAUUAGCUUUGUUAGCACCGGUUUUCUGUUUCCUAAUAUUUGCACUAUGCUGUCAACCACCUCUGAUGAAGAAAAACAACAAAAAAGAGAAUUUUUUAAAAUUUUGUUUUUAUAAAAGUUGGGAUUGUGACACCAGCAUUUUCCGGGGGGGGGAUCCUGCUUGUUUUGUUCUUCAUCUCCCACCGUCUCCACUUUAUUAAAGAAAGGUUAAAAAAAAAUGCCAGUCUGAUCGCUGCACAGGGGUUGAGAAUCCAAAUGAAUUUGCCUUUUUGUUUAGAUCACACGAGCGAGUGAGUUCGCUGUUACACCUGAAGCUGUACGUCAGCUUUAAAAUGUUUAUCAUGUCUGUGAUUUUUUUUUUUUUCAUGUGUGUUUGACUGAAAAAUAAAAUGGAAAAAGUUAUUAAAUGAGCUUCACAAUAGUUUAAUUUGUGCUAUUCUUUUAUUUUUUUAUUUUUGCUCUCGUCCAUAUUGCCGGCACAGACAUUUAUUACACGUUAUUACACGAGUCCUCUUCCCAAACGGUAUACACUGUUCUCCAUUGCCUCUGUUAGUCAGAACAGUUCAUUUUAUUUUUUUUAUAUAUAUAUCUGUGUGCGUGCGUCCUUCCUUUUUCGUGGGAUCAUGUGUGACGGAGACGGUUGUUGAGGAAGCCUAAACAUUGCUGGAUUCGUUCCUUAGUUUCAUUUUGUGACUGUGUGUGGACUGGAGAUGGGUGGCGUGCUGAGUGGGUGUGAGGAGAGUUUACGUAGUCUUGAAAUAGCGCAUUUAUGUGCAGAUGAAGUUGUUUAAAAGGUGUUGUUUUUUUCUGUAUCUACAAUUAAGCAUUUUUAUGAUUAAAUUAACACUGAAACAAUGA